GCCUGGGGUAGGAAUAUAAAUACAUCUCAAAUCCCCCUUUCCAAUUCUCAAUUGUUUUUCAAGGUUCAUUUUAAGAAAACAAACCAACAUUCUAGUUCACUAAACCCACAAACAAUUACAUAUGUCCGAUAUGGUUGCGCCCCGCAGUAUUUUAAAGUUCUUCCUUGCUCUCGAGCAGGCUGAAGGUGUCGGCGCCCGUGUUCGCCGUACCAUCGGGACCAUGGGCAUGAGAAACUUUACGCCGUUCUUGAUGUUGGACCACUUCAAUGUUGACCCUAAGGCCGGCUUUCCUGAUCACCCACACAGGGGUCAGGAAACCAUCACCUAUAUGAUGUCAGGUGAAUUCGCGCACAACGACUUCACCGGCUCUUCCGGGAUCUUGAGACUGGGAGAUUUGCAGUUCAUGACCGCCGGUAGAGGUAUCGUGCACGCCGAGAUGCCAAUCCCUCUGGAAGAUGGCGCCCCCAUCGUUGGGAUGCAGUUGUGGGUCGAUUUGCCCGCCGAGUUGAAGGAGUGUGAGCCUCGGUACAGAGACUUGCGUGCAGCUGAAAUUCCAAUUGCCAAGCCCAACGAUAAGGUCACGAUCAAGGUCAUCUCCGGUGAGUCUUACGGGGUCAAGUCUGUCCAGGACUUGGCUUACACCCCGGUGGAAUACUACGACUACAGUGUUGCACCAGGAGGGUCUUUUGAACAGAAUAUUCCCGAGGACUUUAACGCCUUUUUAUACAUUCUCUCCGGCCCCGGUCUUACUUUGGGUGGGCAGCACAUUCCCCAGUACCAUUCUGUCUUCUUCAAGCGUGAUGGUGAAGGAAUUGUCGGUUCUGUCCCUGAAGGUGGCGAUGAGGAGACUCGAUUUGUCGUUAUUGCUGGCAAGGUCCUUGACCAGCCAAUCGUGCAGCAUGGGCCAUUUGUCGAGACCACCAAGGAAAAAAUAUACAAGGCAUUCGACGAUUAUCAGAGAGCUUCUAACGGGUUUGAGAGAGCCAGAAACUGGGCCUCCAAGAUCGGCGGCGGGGUCACCCCAUCCAUCAAGAAGGCUUUAUUGGAGGCUGAGAAGAAGCAAAACGAGAAAAACCAGAAGAUGGUGGAUGAGCUCUGAUUUGCCAAUGCAUUCAUUUAGUAAAUAGUUAAUAGAUU